AUGCGACCUCUACGUGACGCCGACAUCGACGUACGAUUACUCUGGAUAGCGCUUCCCGCACAAUUAAUCUGGAUGGCACUUCCCUUGGUCUUCGUCCUGAGGUUCUAUAGUAUAAACGACCACUCUAGCAACGAUGCCAACGAUCAACGUCCAACAUACGUAGACCCGAGUCCUCCCACAUCAUACACAAUACUACUUUCGAUGACGCCUUUCCACCUCGGUCAGAUCGCAAUCUGGACACGAACCUACCUUGGCUCCCCACCUACCUUCGCCAAAGACAUUACCUUCGCCAAAGACAUUACCUUCGCCAAAGACAUUAGCGCAAUCAUUCAAGAAUGCACUCUCCACUUCGCAAUGUCCUUUUGGGUACUCUCCGAGUGCGAGUUCGUACGCGCGUACUGGCAUUCUCAUCUCCAAGAGUGGCCCGUCACUCUCAUCACACUUCCUUUCUCCAUCCCUUCAGCCAAUUUCGAUCAUGACUUCCUCGUAUCUCGAGAUUGUUUUAGCUAG